CCAGUGAGCUCUGGUGAAGCUUGUCUCUCCUGCACCAGACAGACAGAUGAGGUGGAAACACUGGGAGGACAGCAACAGGUUGGAGAGGUUUAACUUUCUGCAGAAUUGAUUUGACUAUUUGAGUUCUCUUUAAGAGUCUGGAAGAGAAAAACAAGGAGUUUAUGCAAGGUUAGUAAUUGGACAGAUGCACUGUGCAUAGUGGAAUUUUGUGCAAAAAGUUACUUGGCAUAUUUUUAGAGUUUUUUUGGUGAAGUAGAGCUUCUUCAAGCGUCCAGUGAAGCAUCACCACAGAGUUUACAAAACUGCUCUCCAGCAUGUUUCCCACGGCUUUCAUCCUCAUUGCGCUGUGCGUCUUCCCGCAUAUGGACACUUUUACGCACGGGUGCCAGCUGCCUUCUGAGUGGCGGCCGCUGAGCGAGGUCUGCCGGGCGGAGCUGGCGGAGAUCAUCGUGUACGCCCGGGUCCUCGCCAUCCACCGGGAGCCACUAGGAGGCGGUGCGGGCAGCCUGUACAACUCGCUGCCCUUCGGGUUCGGGUACGGGUACGAGGGCGCGGAGGAAGGGCUGCUGUACUCUGCAGAGGUGGAGCUGCUGUGCGAUCAGGCCUGGGGCAGCAUGCUGGAGGUGCCAUCGGGGUCAAGACUCAACCUGACCGGACUCGGGUACCUGUCCUGCCAGUCCCACACCGUGAUGGAGAACUACUCCUACUUCUUCUUCCUCAGGAUGGACGAGAACUACAACAUCCUCCCCCACGGCGUCAACUUCCAGGACGCCAUCUUCCCCGACACGUCCGACAACAGGCGCACGUUCUCCAGCCUCUUCCAGUUCUCCAACUGCACCCAAGGGAGCCAGCCUUUCCACACCUUCAGCCCCGAGUGGGACACCCAGGAGGACAGCAGGCUGCUGUGCUCCUCGGUGCAGGGAGCGCUGUUCGACGAGGAGGAACGAGGCCGCAAGAUACAGGAGCGCCUGGCUGCGUCGGAGAGGAGGAACCGGCAGCUGAAGGAGCGCGUUCGCAAAGUGAAACGCUCCCUGAGGAACGCCCGCAAGGCUACGCGCAAGGCCGAGCAGGAGGCUGCGGAGCUGCGAGAGAAGCUGAAAGCUGCGGAGCGGAGGAUGGGGCAUCACCUCAACGCCAUAACGCAGGAGGAGCCUCCGCCCGGGCGUUACGCAAGCACGACGGUACGCAGGAGAAUCCAGCUUUAACUAAUCCCGCCACCUGGACUGAAAACUGGCCGUGGAGAGCGAGAGACUGCUGGGCGGUCUCUAUGUGAGGGACAAAGAAAUAGCAACAUAUGAGUAAACACACUUUUAUAGUAAUAACCGACAUAGUUUUCUUGUAAAUAAACUUCUCUCUUUUGUA